UUUAGCUGCAGCUGCAGCUGCAAGCAGCACGAACUAUAUAUUUAGAUCCCACGCACUGCCGGUGGCGCUCCCAUCCACACCUUGAACAACAAGUAUACCAAGUCAACUCCAUCCAGGCCACUUGAAACCGAAAUCAAGCAACCAACCAUCCCACCCCCCCAUGGAUACCCCAUCCCCAUGCCCCUUCUGCACCAUCGCCCACACAUCCCCGCCUCUCCCCCCGACAACGUUUCUCCCCCAAAACAGCGAUCCCAAGAAUGCCUCCCACCCAGCGACGCCCGCUACGACCACCACAUCCCCACAUUCAGCUCUGGACACCAGGACGGCCCACCUCAUCCUCUCGACCCCGUCCCUCCUCGCCUUCCUGGACAUUAUGCCUCUGACGCGGGGCCAUCUCCUCCUCGUCACGCGGGAGCAUUACGAGAAGCUGGGCGAUGUCGGGGUGGGGGUUAGUCGGGAGAUCGGCCAAUGGCUCCCCGUCCUCUCGCGGGUGGUGAUGCGGACGCUUUUCGGGAAGGGGGCGGGUGCGGAUGCAGCGGAUUGGCAUUGGAAUGUGGUGCAGAAUAAUGGCGUCCGAGCAGCGCAGCAGGUGCCACAUGUGCAUUUCCAUGUGAUUCCGCGACCGGAAUACAGUAGUGGUUCCGGGGUUGGGCGGCCGAGUUUUGUGAUGUUUGGGCGCGGGCAGAGGGAGGAGUUGGAUGAGGAGGAGGGGGAGGCGUUGGCGCGGGCGUUGCGGGGGGAGUUGGCGAGGGAGGUGGUCCAUGUCAGGGAAGUGGAGGGGGUGGAUUUGGACGUGGGGUUCGGGGUUGGGAGGGAGAGGAGGGGGAAGCUUUAG